AAGUACGUCAGCGACGCGCCGGAUGUGAGCGGUGAGGCCUCACUAGGCACUAGCCGUGGGUUGUUGCUCCGUGAGAGGAGAAUCGCUUAUUAGGUAGGACCGGCUGGGCCGGGAGUUGUUGGGACAAGGGGGAUCCGGCCCCGUUCGCGUGGCUGAGCAUUGUGGGAGUCACAAUUUAGUGGGUAUCUCUUUUUAAGGGCAGAGGAUCAUGGGAAAUGUAGUCCAGAGUAGCCAGGAGUGCGCUUCGCCGGGCUGGUUAGAGAUUACUGGGAAUGGCAGCCACGGGGGGGGGGAGAGAGAGGACAGAACAGACCAAAACACAGGGAGUGUGCACUGCUGCCGGAGCAUGAUGGGAAUUGUAGUCAGCAGCAGCUUAACCCCUUAAGGACCAAACUUCUGGAAUAACAGGGAAUGAUGGCAUGUUACACAUGUCAUGUGCCCUUAAGGGGUUAACGUGGGACUGUCACCUGUGAGAUCUGUUUUGCACUUUGCUCAACCCAAUAGGCAUCUAAGAAGCAGUUAAAAUGUAGAAAAAUCUCCCCAGUUUAAUUGAUCUUAAUUCAUGUACCUUGCUGGGCAUGCACGGCUCCCAGAGUUACUUAUGCCUCGUUUCCGUGGAUCGGUUCGGUUCGCUAUUUUGGGUGUUUCCAUUAUGCACGUGGUCCAUGUAAGCGAACCGUGCCGAUCCAUUCAGGGACCUGGUUCAGUUAGGGCGGAGCUACUAUACAAUCCAUUGAUUGGUGGACAGGAAGAGCAUUUUUUUUCUUAACCCUGCAUGGCCCCUGAAGGUCUGGCUUGCAGUGGAAAUGUUCACGAGAAUGGGCUGGACCAUUCUAAACCUUCCAAACUGUACCGAACCGAUCCGCUUAGUGGAAACGAGGCAUUAGUUUAUCUCCUGCGGUACCGUGUGCACCAUGCCGGUAUCUAUGGCACCGGCGAAAAAUCUUCAGGCGUUUGUUUUGUUGCUGUAUACCCAAACUACCAUGAGGUAACCAAGAACUAUCACUCCCAGAGAAGUGGCAGUUUCUUGUUAAUUGUUCCCUAUUUUAGAUUUUCAAACACCAAGGAAAACUCAGUUUAAAGGUUAUCCAUCUAAAUUUCUCCUUUUUAGCUUGCAGGUUAUACUAAUUUCACACGCUCUUGGAACCUUACACAGUAAACCACAGGAUUGUUUGUUUAUACACCAAUAAUGAUCAGUGGGUUAGAUACUUUGUAAUUGAUUAACCAGUAUCUUUUGCUGUUUUUUAGGUCGAUCCACUCCAAAUGGGGGAUGAAAAAGACACCUGGAAAGUAAAGACCCUGGACGAAAUAUUGAAAGAGAAGAAGCGGCGAAAAGAGCAAGAAGAGAAAGCAGACGUGAAGCACACCAAAAAUGUGAGAUAAAUAUUUUUGUGGAUGUUUUGUUUUAUGGUAGAAACAUUUUGUUUAAAAUGUUCAUCACUCUUUUUAACUGACUCCCCGUCCACCCCCCCACAAUACUUUGUAACUGCUUUUAUCCGGAUGCUUUAUUUCAAAUUAAAGGAACACUCCGGGCACAUAACAACUUCAUCUAAAUGAAGUUGUUAUAGUGCCAGGAGAACCCUCGCGCAUACCCUUACCUCAAGGGGUUAAAGGGGAAGUGCAGAGUGUUGCUUGUGAUUGACUGAGAGCGUUCAGCUGACACUCUCAGCCAAUCAGUGACUACCAAUGCACGCCAGUUUUGUGAAAAGUUGGUCCCUGAUUGGCUGAGAGUGUCGUUUGACCACUAUUAGCCAGUCAGCGGCAUCCCUGCCCGGCGGCACUCAAUGCUUUCUGAAACUGAAAUUUCAGAAGCUGGAUGCUGACUGGGGUGAGUUGAGAUUGGAGGCACCUUUAGGGAUUGAGAAAGGUUUAACCCCUUGAGGCCUCCUGGCACGAUAACUUCAUUUAGAUCAAGUUGUUAUGAUGCAUAAACUCUCUUUAAGCCACUUUGACCCAGCUUAAUUGAGAGAAGUUUGGCUCACAUAUAUGGAUGAAUAUCUGCUUCUGAAAUUAAAAUUGUGACAAAUGGUAUUAUGAGUAACAAGAAAGAAGACCCAAAAUAGAUUCAUAUUUGUCUAGGUUCUCAGGGUAUUCAUCAAUUGUUUCCAGUUUCUGAGCUCUGUGUAAAAGUCACAUGUCUUUAACCCCUUAAGGACCAAACUUCUGGAAUGAAAGGGAAUCAUGACAUGUCACACAUGUCAUGUGCCCUUAGGGGGUUAAAGUUUGGCAUGACUAUAAUUUUAAUAGCAUUCAUCUUUUGCAGUUUUGCCUGGGAAAAGCAAGUUAAUCUUUAGCUGGUUAUGUGAGAAUUUGCUGCAUUAUUCAAAUAGCUUGUGUCUUCAUUUUGUGAGUUAUGGGGAACCACUUGUUUUUUGCGUAUUGGCUGCCUUUGGGAUAUAUUGGCUUUUUGUAAUAUUUUGGAUUUUUGUAAUAUUGGUCUUUCCCCCACUUUUUAUCUUUUUGCCUUUAUUAGGCUGAUGACCGUGAUUCUAAAAGAGAUUCUUUAGAAGAAGGUGAACUCAGAGAUCACAGGAUGGAAAUAACAAUAAGAAAUUCACCUUACGGACGACAAGAUUCUAUGGAAGAUAGGUAUAAAUAUCAAUGUCUCUUUGCUUGAUCUUUCAAUACAGCAGAUGUAAUCAGUAUUAAAACAGUUUGUGGUGGUGUUUUUUUUUUUUUCACCUUUCUCUUUUAUUGAACUUAGUUGGUAUCACAACCUUUUACGCACUUAAUGAUAACACUAGCACCUUCCAGUUACAUGAGUAAAGCUUUUACUGGGAUACUCAAAUUAAUAGACUUCAUUCCAGAGGCAUGAAAAAGGAAAGAGCAUCCAUGAUUUUUUAUUUUUUUCUCCAUUGAGUUAUCUUUGACAAGACAGCCUCAUAUUUGUUCUGAGUACCUUUUGAAUUGGGUUUUCAUCGCAUGUAUGGCAUUUCAUCCCAUUUUCCCCUGAAUCCUCCAAGGCAUUGUCAACGUAUCCCUACCAGCUGGUCUCUCUGGAUGGUUCCUUACCACAUUACUGGUGAUUAGACCACUGUAGUAUUUUAAGUGUUUUGACAAAUAAUGGGCUCUGACAUAAAAAGCCCUUUUACUUCUAAGGUAAUGUGAAUCUUUCUCUUCUGCAUUAUCCAGGUGACAUAUUUCUUUAUUUUCCAUGUGCUUCUGCUUGUUAUUUCACAAAAUUGUAGACAAUGGAAGCGUUUAUUACAGGGACACUAUAGUCACCUGAACAACUUUAGCUUAAUGAAGCAGUUUUGGUGUAUAGAACAUGCCCCCGCAGCCUCACUGCUCAAUCCUCUGCCGUUUAGGAGUUAAAUCCAUUUGUUUAUGAACCCUAGUCACACCUUUCUGCAUGUGACUUGAUCAACCUUCUAUAAACACUUCCUGCAAAGAGAGCCCUAUUUAGUCUUUCUUUAUUGCAAAUUCUGUUUAAUUAAGAUUUUCUUAUCCCCUGCUAUGUUAAUAGCUUGAUAGACCCUGCAAGAGCCUCCUGUAUGUGAUUAAAGUUCAAUUUAGAGAUUGAGAUACAAUUAUUUAAGGUAAAUUACAUCUGUUUGAAAGUGAAACCAGUUUGUUUUUUUUCAUGCAGGCUCUGUCAAUCAUAGCCAGGGGAGGUGUGGCUAGGGCUGCAUAAACAGAAACAACGCGAUUUAACUCCUAAAUGACAGUGAAUUGAGCAGUGAAAUUGCAGGGGAAUGAUCUAUACACUAAAACUGCUUUAUUUAGCUAAAGUAAUUUAGGUGACUAUAGUGUUCCUUUAAUUUGGGUUUACAUAGGAAAUACAUAUAUUUUUGUUUACAUUUUUAGGGGUGAAGAAGAUGACUCUUUAGCUAUUAAACCUCCUCAACAAAUGUCCAGAAAAGAGAAAUCACACCACCGAAAAGAUGAGAAAAGGAAGGAGAAACGCAGGCACCGGAGCCAUUCUGCUGAAGGAGUUAUUGGAGGUACGUAGUUUUAUUAUUGUAAUUUCAAUGCUUUAUGUAGGCAACCUUUUUUUGUGUGUUUGUUUUUAGCAGCACAACCUUACUCUUCAUCAGCAGAAUGGAGUUCAGUGAUGUUAUGAAGGCAGUUUUGCUGCUCUAACUCAUAACUUAUGUUGUUUAAAUAAUCAUUCUGAUUCUAUUAAUCAUAAUAUCCAUAUCCACAAUCUAAGCAAAAUAUUCCUCCUUUUUCUAAUGCAUACACUGUAUGCUUCUUGUCUUUCCUUCCCAACAAAGCAUUUUGUUUUCUGUUUUACACACCACACACCUUUUUGUAUGACUUCUUUUUAUAGACUAUAAGCUCUUGGUCAGAGCCCUUAAAACUUGUUACAUUAAUCAGUUUUAUUGUUAUUCCCUUCACCCAUUUUCUCUUGCACUUUGUCAGCACAAUGCAAAUAGAUGAUUAUCAUAAUAUGGAGCAAAUCGUUCAUGAUGGGUUACUCUCCUCAUUUCUUUUUAAGACUAUCAGAACAUCUUGCAAAACAAAAUGCAGGCUUUUGGUCGUUUACUUAUUCCCUUUUAAUUAUGGACAGAUUUGGAAAUACAAAAGUAUUUAACGUUAAUACUUUGCAAUAAAAAUGUCAUGGUGAGUGAGGUGUAGUGUAGAUUUCUUCAGUAUUCUACAAAGAAAAAAUUAUAUUUUAAAUUUCAUUAGAAUGUUGGUAACCUUAUAAUUUAAGAUGUACCAGAGCCAUAUUUCUAAGUUGUAUGAAAUGCCUUCCUGAUCGUAAAUGGCAUUGCUGAAUCAUAAUGCUGUAUAUAUCAUUGCAUCAGUAUGCAAAACUGCUUUGUCCAUUUGUAAAUACCAUCUUUAUGGAAGAGUAGGUAUACUUAUGGAUUUUAUAUAUUUUUAAUACCUACAUUUACAGGUGAAAAAAUCUGUACCUACCGAAAUUUGACUGUCUUCCAUGUCUCGGGUGUUUUAACUUUGUCCAGUAUUUUGCUUCAUUCCUGUCUUCAGGCAGCCUUUUGUUCUGAACAAAUAGAUUUAGUCAUGCUUUUUAAAUAAAUGUAGCUAGCUGUGUACUUUUCCUUUAAAAUGUAGUAACUGUGAUACAUGCCUACAAAGCCCUCCCUUAAAUAGCUAUGAUAACUCAGAAUUGCCCAAGCCUGUUCCAGAUCUGCUCACUGCAGAUGUUGCAAUUUUAUUUUUCGGUAUACUGCAUUAUGUUUUGUUAAUAUUUAUGCAGCCAUUUUAGAUAGAUUACAGGAACACUAUAGGGUCAGGAACACAAAACUGUAUUCCUGUCCCCAUAGUGUUAAAAUCACUAUCUAGUCAUCUAAAUAUAGUAAAAUCGUACCUUUAUUCCAGUAUUCUGCUGCUUGCUCUGCUCCUGAUCUGCCUGCUUGACUGACAUCAUCAGAAGUGGUCAUCUGAGCUAAUCACAAUGCUUUCAUAUUGGAUUGGCUAAGACUGUCAAGGAGGCAGAUCAGGGGCAGAACCAGCACCAACCAAACACAGCCCUGGCCAAUCAGCAUCUCCUCACAGAGAUGCAUGGAAUCAAUGCAUCUGUAUGAGGAAAAUUCAGUGUCUCCAUGCAGACGGCGGAGACACUGAAUGUCAGUCACACUGUGCAGCACUGCCUCAGGAAACAUCUCUAUUGGCCAUCUGAGGAAUGGCCAGUGGAGGUGUCCCUAGGCUGUAAUGUAAACACUGCAUUUUCUCUGAAAAGACAGUGUUUAUUGUAAAAAGCAUGAAGGGACGGACUAUUCUCACCAGAUCAAAUACAAUAAGCUGUAGUUGUUCUGGUGACUAUAGUGUCCCUUUAAAUCAUGCAUUACAUAGCAAGUGCUGCCUAUGUUUAAUAAAAUUCUGAAGAGAGCUGUUAAUUUAUUAAUCAGGCAAACAUGUUCGCUCCAAAGAGAAAGAAAGAGAACACGACAGGAGGAAGAGACACAGAGAAGAGCAAGACAAGGCCCGUCGUGAUUGGGAGAGACAAAAAAGGAGAGAGAUGGCUAGAGAACAUUCUAGGAGAGAACGGUAAGAAACAGCUGAGAAUCCAUUUAAGAAUGUCAUAAACCAAUAAAUUGCUAUAUUUAGAGAGAGUAAAGCUCCAACAUAAAGAUGAUAACCAUUAGUUUAAGAGUUUGUUGUAGAGUGUUGCCCCCUAGUCAUUUUUUUUUCUUGCAUAUUUUUUUGUUUUGGCAAACAACUUUUAGGCACUUUUGGGUAAAACUUGUUCCACCCUGGCACCCUUUAAAGCCUCACUGGCCACUCCGUAAAUUAUACCUUUCCAUAAUUCAUAUAAAACUGUACAAUCUCAGAUGGCAAUGAUAGGCUGCGUGUGCUGGAUCAAAUGGGUGGAGCUGCCCUCGUGUGCUCUCUCUAAAACCAGAUACCUCCUCUAUAAUUUACAUAUAUAUUUGUAAAUGUGUUUGUGCCUUUAAAUGUUGAUUUCCGUAUUGAGAAUGAAGGAUUUUAAUUUGUGGUAGAAGAAUGAGAACCUCUGGUAUGCUACGUAAGAAAAUCACCUAUAUCAGUGUGUUUUCAUUAAACCAGAUAAAUGUCAGCUAAGAUAAACCCAGAAAUGUUUUUUUGCUGGUUAUUCCCAUUAUAUUUUUAUUUACCUUGACCAUUAGAACAUAAAUGCUAGCUAAUGCAAUACAUAUGUACUGCUGCAUUAGGUGCUGUAAGAAUUAUUUUAGUAUGUGAGGGCUUGCCAGUAGAUUAGGAUGUAAUCAGCACCUUCUUCUGAUCCUCAGACUGUAACACUUUGUAAUAAGUAAGGCAUAAGUGGACUAUAAAAGAAACAAGCUCUAUCAGAAUGAUGUGCUUUUAUGUUUACAUUGAGCUUGAAUGACUGCCUGCAAAGGUAUAAGUGAAAUGUUAUUAUGUGACUAGUAUCACUGCUGAUUAUAAUUUUCCCCCUCCCCCCCCGUCCAGCAUUUUUGUAAGCUGUCUCAUUUUACAGUAACAUUGAAAUGUACAUUUUGCAUCUAUCAGUUUAUGGUUUCUGUUUUUGAUAAAAAAAACAAAAAAAAAACAUAUAGAUUAAAAUAAAAGUGAUUUAAACAUUAUUUUAACUUAGUGGUUUGUGUGUUGUUUCUAAAUCUUCUGUAGCUAUAAUGGUGGUGGAUGUGUUAAAUGUUACUGGUCUGACUAUUAUAAUUUACUACAAAGUGCACGUGUGUACUUUUUAAUCUUUAAAAGUGUUUGCAGGGACCGUUUGGAGCAGUUAGAGCGUAAACGCGAGCGAGAGCGGAAAAUAAGGGAACAGCAGAAAGAACAAAGGGAGCUGAAAGAGAGAGAAAGGAGAGCGGAGGAGAGGCGCAAGGAACGUGAAGUCAGACGAGAAGGUACCAAGCCCAGCCCGUUUACUUUUAUGAUGCACAAGACAGUGGCUCUUGGCCUCUAAGUUGCAAUAUGGCCCUUAAGAAUGCCCAUUUGAUUGCAGGAAGUUGUAAUGCUGGAAUAGGCUUUUAAUAGCUGAAUUACCUUUGCACAUGUGAAACAAGCCAAUUGACCUUACCAAAGCCACAAGAAAGCCAGUCUAGAACGGUGUUUCUCAAAAAUCUUGUACCCAAGUACCAUUAGUGACAUGUUACCAGUCUCUCCAUGAGAACAUUUUCAGUUAAGGUUGCUCAUUUCUGAAAUGAAGCGUAAAGUAAAUAGCCAGAAUUACCCCCAUGUGAUUCCUUUAGCACAGAUAAAGAAAUUGUGCUCUCUAUUACACACAUUCUGUGGUUGGGCUGAUCUCCUUUAACACCGUAGACAACCUUUUAAUCACGUUUCUACCGUCCCUGUGUACACAUGGUGGCCCAAUUCAUCUGCUUCAAAAAAAAACGGUCUAUAUGUGGGAUGAGUUUCAGAUUGCAUUUCUGAAGAAAUUAUAAAAAUCCAUUACAUGCUUUCCGUGGAGAAAGAAAGCAAUGAAAAGUGGAUGGUGACUUUAUUUGCUAAUGCAAGACCUGUUAUUUGUGGUACUUGGUUAUCAAGAGGUGUAUAUAAUCUGACUUUCAUCAGUAUUUUCUGUAGUGGUGGAACCUAUUUUAAAACUGUACGGUUCUGAAAUUUCACUUGGAUAUACUGUAUUAAGUAAGGGUGGCUAAAAAACAAACAUCCAUUUUGUUAAAUAUGGAAAAACAUGGCGCACACAGUAUUAUCUUGUGGCAUUCUCAUAGUUUGAGAAAUGCUUUGUGUAUUCGAUCCUAUUUGCAGUACGUUUUCCCCAACUGUUUACUGUUGCUAAACUGGUUAAUUUGUGUGCAAUCAGACUUGGUUCACAUUAGACUGUAGUGUCGGCGUACUUUGCCCAGUGUGAUCAAGGCACAAAUGCAUUCUGCUGUUUUGAAAUGAACAAUGUUUCAAAGGAAUGUGCAUUUUAAGUAAUUGAGUUUAAACAGAAAAAGAGGGUUUUAUCGUUUUCCUUCAGGUCAACAAAUUUAAUGACUUACAUUUAAUUACCUUAAAUUUUGUGAACUGUGCUGUCUGGCGUUGAUUUGUAUUCCCUGUUGUGUGACCAUGAGCCUUGGUUUUGUGUGCAGGUCAGACACAAAUAAUAAAAAUAUUACCUAGAUUUCUACUUCUGGAAAGGAAGACCGUUCCCUUAAAUGUACUGGAAUCAAAUGUAAACUAGUUCUCCACAUGACCUUCUUUAAUUGAAAACAUUUCAAAGUGGAUCAGAUGACAAAUCUAAUUUAGCAGAAUAUAGGAUAGUAUAUUUAUUUUGCCACAAGCAGCAAUGUUUUUUCAGACACUCUAUAUCAAGACCACAAGCUUGAAACUGCUAAUGUAGAAAAUCCUGCAAAGACACAAUUUGACACAUCCACUGUCGUGUGCAAACAACCCGACAGAAAGAACACCACAUAAAAAGGAGUUUGGUGCCCUCUUUUAGCAGACCUUGUAAACUAGUGGCUCGCACCCUAAGCCUCAGUGUAAUAUUUUUGGAUAAGCUUUACAAAUGAUUUAGAAUAUAGAAUAAAAUAUCAUGAGGAAAUAUGAUUAGCUGAUAGCAUGGCUAUCACUGAUCAAUAUAUUACUAUGGCAAUUGUGCUGUGUGCGUAUGCAAUAUAGGAAUAGGCGAGUAGACAUUCACCAGGUAGUUCUAUUGGUAUAGGACUUGAAUCCAGAUCAUAUGAAGAAUAAUGUAAACAAAAAACUUAAAAGAUUACAGAUGGAGACAAGAAAGUGUGUGUAUAUAUAUUGCUGAAGAGCUGAGUCCCACAAUUGGAGAGUCUGAACUUAGUGGCCUGAUAAAUAACUUUAGUCUAUUCCUGAUCUUGGAGAAGGCCUCCAAUGAUGCCUCCGUUCUUUAAACACCAGCUACAAUCCAUUCUGAGUCUCAGUAGAUUUUAAUGUUCAUGGACCCCACUUUCUCUGGAGCGUUGGCCGAUGUCCACAGGUCAAUUCACACAGCUCACAUCCAACUUGCGGGAGUGUGAGCGAGAAACACCCAGUGGUUAUGGACUAAGUCCAGGUCAAAUACCUUGUGUGGCUCCAGGCCCAGGUGGGACUCGAUACUCUGUGGUUGAACCAAAUGUUCUCCCCGUGCCAUUGCUCUUGGUGGGUGUUUAUUGAGGUACUGCCAGAAUUGGGUGCAUAAUAUGUCAAAUUCCUAUAGGAAGGUCACUCUCCGAUAACACUGCAACUACUGUACCACAAUCUAUACAGACUUUUGUCCAGCUGCUGUCUUUGGUGAGUAGCAAUUACGUCAACUCUUAGUGGCUUCAAUAACGAUGACUCCUAUGGAGAUGAAGCCUCCCCAUGGUCCAAAGGAGGGGGGAGGAAAACCCACUUGUACGUGCCAUCUCUCCCAUUCUCAGAGUGCACUAGACCUCGCAGCUCUGGUUUCCUGUGCUGGUGACCCCAACUUUGCAUUGGAAUUGUCAUGCUAGAGCACCUUAAUAUGCAGGAGUAGGUAAAUACUGGGUGUAACGUUUUUGAAAUAAUGCACUUAAAUAUCAGAAAUUAAGGAGGUCCCUCAGAGCACUUCUGACUGCCUGGCGUUCAACUGCCACCCCGUUGGGUUAACAUUUAAAAUAUUUUCCCCAAACUAUUAAAAUAUCAAAACAUUCUUUAUAUAAAAGUACAUAAAUAUAUCAAAAUAUUGAAAAAAAAGUUUCAAAAUAAUAAAUCAUUUGAACAGCUUAUCCAAAAAGGCUCAGUGACUGUCCAGGAUUUAAGCCUUUCCCAAUUCUUUUCCACUGGGGAUACUAGAUCAUUGGUAUGCCCUGCAAAUUGAGAAGGCAUUCACCACUGUAGACCCCAAUUUAUUUUUAUUAUAAUGUAUAUAUAUUUAUUCUUUUGUUUCCUUUUGUCCUUUAUUUGAAAGCUGUGUGCGAAACUUGGAAAUAUCUUCUGGCUAUGUUGGGCAUCAUUGUCCAUCAAUGAUGACUACCUACUGGAGUUUCAAGAAUUAGCUUCCUUCAGUGUUUGCAUCAUUUGUUGAUUUUAUACAGCACAUUAGAUCUUUUCUGAUGUUAUUCGAUCUUUUCUCUGCUGUAGUGGGGCUAUGUAUAUAGACAGCUGAAUCUAGUGCCCAUAUAUCCAUAGUUUCCCCAGUACUAAUCAUACAUCACUCAGUGUUUUUAGUGUCUCCCCAUUAAACCACUGAAUGAUGGAACAUAUAUAUGGGCCAACAUAGCCUCCAAGUAAUAUAAAUAUAUAUACAUAUGCAAAAAGACAGUGAGGCUUGUACUCUUUAAGAUUUUCUGUGAAAAUAAAACUUUAAUUUCAAACAUAAAUAUUUAAUUAUGUUUAUUUUUUUUAGAAACUCCUAGAGUGCUAUCCUCCCUGUCUUUGUGUAUAGCAAUUUGCUGAAUUAAACACUAGGCGUAUAGGUAUUGUUAAGCUUACCUUUUGAGUGCAGAUUCUACUAUAUAUAUUCUAACCGUUUUACCACUGCAACAUUAUAAAUGCCAAGGGCAUUUGUUAGAAUUUUAACCCCGUAGAAUACGUUUUUGAAGUCUUUAAAGAGUCAUCUUGUGAAUCCAACCUUUGGGCCCCUAGUUGGAAAAUUGCAGGGGGCAUUCGACAAUGUAUUCAAAGAAAUUAAGAAAGAGCUCUGUUGUGGAUAUGCCCAGUGGCCAUCAAAUUUGCAGUUACCUCCUCCCAAGUUUAGACAGCCCCCACACACCAUCUUUGUUGUAAUCGGAAAGGCCUUUGUAUACUUUAUCCUAGCCUCACAUUAAUAAGGGAAAAAUCUCAUUAGUUGAAGCUGAAAUGUUCAGUAACAUAGUCUUGCUGCUCCGGUACACAUUUCUCUUUAAUUUCAGGGAGAAGUCUCCUAGUCUCUGUAAGCCCUAUAUUUAAACGUUAAAAUAGAAAGUUGGCAAUGUGUCCGGGUUCAAUUUUGGAGGUCAGUCUAUGCAGCGUGAGAUAUGUAAUUAAUUGGCUAAAUUAGUUUGCAGCUCCUACAGCAGCUAAUUGAGUCAGAUGAGAUUUUUUUUUUUACAAUGACAUAAAUCAUUUAGACUAGAGAAGUUAUGGCUAUUCCUUGGCACUGCAUUUGCUUUGAACUAUAUUUACCAUUAUGUUUGGCCAGCAUCUGCAGUACUAAAGGUGAGCCUCUAGUGAACAAAUAAAAUACCUUUGCCACUUUGUACUGUAAACAAAAAAAGGAAAUCUUCAGUCCUUUUUAAGAGAACUAAGCUUUCAUUUCCUAAAGUAGAAAUGUAUUUCAAAUAUAUGCCACUAGGGGGCGCCAGUGCACAAAGUAAUGCUUUUUCGUUUAAUUUGCAAAGUGAACGCCUUGAUUGCAUUUUAAUGACUUUAUAGUUUGAAAGUGUGAAGACCUUUCCUGCCAUGUGGUUUAGUGUACCAAUCUGUACAACAUGCCUUCCAGGGCUCGCAGGAUCUGCGCUUCCUAUGCGCAGGAAGCCAGGGCUCUUGCAAGAGAGUGAGAAAAUGCAGUACAGUGCACAGUUUGCAGAUGCAAGAAUUCUUGUAGAGUUUAGCACUCAAAGUAAGUUUUGGCUUUUUAAACCAUUUCCAUAGCAAUAUCCUUGUAGAAAUCCAAUCCUGUACUGCAUUGUGCCUUCUUAACCCCUUCAAUGCAAGAAGAGCCAGCACCUCCCCACAGACAUGAAUGCACACUCUCUCACUUGGCACCAAAUGGUCUCUAGCUUAACACAGAAAAGUGGAAGCCAUACACAGUCUCCCCCCACCUCUCUCUUUUCUCAUCUUUUGUUACUUACUUUUCCACUAAGUGUUUGUUCUGUUACCCUAAUCUUUGUACUUGGAUCUCUACAAUUCCAAGUAUUUCUCACCUUAUCAUGAAGGAGACUUGGCACAUGUGCUUAUCAUUUUUUUUUUUCUGAGGUCAAAUCAAUAUUUUUACGUUAAUUUCCUAGGCCAGGGUCGGUAACGUUCAACUCUCCGGAUGUUGCAGACCAGAUUUUCCCCUGCAAUAGCAGCUGUAAGAGUUUUAGGGAAGAAAGUCUACAACAUCGGGAGCGCCAAAGGUUGCCUACCCAUGUCAUAUGCGUUUCACAAUUCAAUCUGCCUAGGCUUAAAAGUGCAGUAUAUUUUGGUGGCCAAGAUGCAAUGAACUGCCUAUGCUCUUUUUAGUUUUCCUAUUUCUUCUCAUUGGUCAUUGUAACAACAAGAAGCCAUGCUGAACUCUGUUUUAAGAACUCUGUUUACCGGAAAUGAUCCUUUCUUAGCAAUGUGUAAUGUACUAUGAAUGUGUUAAUCUCCAGAUUCCUACCCAAUGAAAAAAAAAAAAAAAGUUUAAAUAAAAAAAUCAAACUAAAGGGGAAGUCUUAUGGUAAACCUAACAUGCUGCUGAACUACAGCUCCCUUAAUUCUCUGGCCAUCUAUUGCUGAACUGUAUACUGUAUCAACAUUUAGAAGACACCGUAUAAGACCCUGGUUCUAUGCCCAUCAGAUUCUGCGUAGUGUAGCAUUGGCAAUGUGUGUGUUUUUCCUUUUUUUUGUAAUCAUCACUUAAGCGUCUCAUCUUCACUUAUUGUUUGGGCAAUGAAGCUUACACUGUCUGAUUUCCUUAUGGGAGUGUCUCUUUUCACAUGUAAAAGUCGAAUUUUAGCUUUACAAGUCAAAUAGUGCACAGUCCUUUAUUAUGUGAAAGAGGAAACCUUGCUGUUUUUCCAGAAUUGUGAUGAGAUCAGAGCUUUAGACACAAAUAAGUAAAGGCUGCAUCAGUUAAUACCAUUCAUUAUGACGAAACUUGGUCUCUGUAUAUCUUAAUUAAAGUCCACCUUUACAUCACGACACUGGUGCAGCAUUGUCAAUAGUAUUGUGUAAUUUGGACUUCUCCUUUUAAGUUUUCUCUUUUGUUUGUAGGCUCUACAUAUACUAAUAUCUUUCCAGUCCAAUAUUGCUGUAUUUGCAUUUACAAAGUUUAGCAAGGCUUCAUGCAUCUGGGGAUCUACCUUUAGGACACCCCUGCUUUAAGGGAAUAAUAUAUAUAGUUUUGAUUUAGAUGUAACUUUUAGAGUUAUUUUAUUAUUUAUAUAGCGCUGUACAAUGGGAUCUGCACAUUUUUAUUUUGACGUCCCUAAACAAACUGGAAAGAAAUGUGACACGGGAGACUUGACUCCACCUGUCCUUCCCAGACUUCUAUGUUUUAAUUUUCUCUAAUCUCGUAUUUUAGGUUAGAAAUAUUUGUAUUCAGUUUUAAUUUGAACAACAAGUCCAUGAACGUUGAACAAAUUGUGGUGGAAAUUGUUGUAAAAGUGCUUCAAGAUGAUGCAGAGAGAGACCCUAUUAAUGGUGUUCUCUUUGGGCUGCAUUUUUCUUAUAAAACAAGCUGUAAAUGAGAUGUUCGCUGUAUAAAUUGUUGACCUAGAUAACUGCUGGGCUACCCUUAAGGAAUCCUGUUCCCUGUUUGACAGAAUUUAACAUGUAUCUACUCUUGACUUAGAUUAUGCAGUAACCGUUUCUGCCAAAGGAGCACAGGGGAUGUCUUAUGGUGCAGUACAUCAGUUAGAAACAGAAGAGAAUAGAAAGGUCCAAUUAAUUUCCUAAAUAUGUAAAAAUUAGCCUGGCAAGAUUCCUUAAAGGGACAUGUCAUUGAAGUGGUCUGGGUGCAGUUUCCCUGUCCCAUUAACCUUGUAGCUGUAAACAUUGCAGUUUUCAUUGCACUGCUAAGACUGCCUCCAGUGGCUGUGUACCAAACCGCAACCAGAGGGUGCUCCCUGCUGUUUCAUGGAAUUUAACGCUGGACGUCCUCACGCUUAUGUAUGAGGAUGUCCAGCACCUUCUAAAUCCCAAUAGGAAAGCACUGAUUCAGUGGGAAUCCUUAGAAUUAUCUUUUUAUAUACUUCCUGUGUAUUGUGGUUAGCAAAACCAGCAUGUAUUCUAUAUUUUCUGCCUCUAUUCCAAUCUUUAGCACUCAUGAGUAAAAAGACUGAAUGUGCUGUUACUAUCUCUGUUUGGUCAGUUUAGUUUUUGCAGGGAAGCAUGUAACAUUCUGUAUUUGUGUGUCUCAACUUAUAUAAAGAGUGUGCACACACACAAUACUUUGUCCUGUGCAUAGGAUCGAACUGAUUUCUUUGGUUUUUACAAAAUUAGUUUGGUUUGUCAAUAGCCGUGAAGCAGUAAAAGGCUGACUGAGUACCUGGGGAAACUAACCAAAUUGUGGACUCUACGUGUCCCGAAGCAUUGCACCACAAUCUAAUCAAUUCAUGUAUUCUUUUCCUGCAUUUUGCAGCUCAUGUCAACUCACCUUAUUAAUACUGCUUUGAUCCCCUACCCUUACAUAUGCUUUCUUAAUACCCAACUGCCAGUUUGUGAGAGCUAUUCUAUAAAAUAUCAUGUAAUAGACAUCAGUAGGAUAAACAGAGCACUAACCUGCGAGGAAGGACCCUGACUGCCAGUUUGGUCAUGUUAAAGGAACACUAUAAGGUAAGGAACACAAACAUGCAUUCCUGACCCUAUAGUGUUAAAAACACUAUCUGCCCCCCGCCCACCCCGUUCCCCUAAAUAUAGUAAAAUCUAACCUUUAUUCCAGUCUGCUGCUGCUGGCUCUGCCACUGACCUGCCUCCUUGGCUGACAUCAUCAGAAAUUAUAUGCAUAGAAAUGGAUUAGAUUGGCAGAGAUUGUCAAUUCUGAUGAUCUCAGCCAAAAUGGUGGGCUGGGGUGGAGCCAAACGCUGUGCAGCACCUCUAAUAGCCAUCUGAAGAGUGGUCAGUAUGGAAGUGGAAGUACCCCUAGGCUGUAAUGUAAACACCACCUUUUCUCUGAAGACAGUUUUUACUGCAAAAAAAAAAGCCGAAAGGCAAUGAUUAUACUAACCAGAACAAAUACAAUAAGCUACAGUUGUUUUGGUGAAUAUAGUGUUCCUUUAAAGAUGAGUCAUGGGUUUAAUGUAAUGGAUAUUAAUCUAUAGCAUUGAUGUCUCUACUGCAUUAUACAUGUCCUUUCAAUGUCCUCCGUUAAUCUAGUUAUUGUCUUUAGAAACCUUGUUUCCAGCAUGAAGAUACAGUGAGAACACCUCACAACAAAAAAAGCCCCAUCUUGGAAAUUAGCUUCUGCCAUCACGUGAGGCUCCAGCACUCCACCGUUCAAUGUUUUCUUAGAGCUUCUAAAGUUUGAAAAUUUACACCAUUUUCAGAAAAUAUCCUGGGAUUUUUGAGAAAUAAGUGCACCCCCAAGUGGACCAGUAGCCUUUAACCCCUUAAGGACACAUGACAUGUCAUGAUUCCUUUUUAUUCCAGAAGUUUGAUCCUUAAGGGGUUAAAGGCUGAGAAUGCAGUUGGUGACUCUCUGUUCAUGAAGACAUGGCCCAGUUUUUUGUAUUCUUUAUAUUGCACCUUGUGUAUAUAUUUCUCCAUGUAUCUGUUUACUAUAUAAAUAUGACUCUGUCAAUGUACAAGAAGUGAUUGCUUACUGAGCCAGGGUAACUGACCCCUAAAGCACAUUUUUUUCUCAAAAUUCCUAUAUGAACAGAACUUUGUCUGCUCUAAUAAAAUAAGUGUUCACAUUAUAUUAAUGGCAACUUUAUCAAAAGUCUUUCUUGGCAUUCUGUAUGCACCAAGCAUUGAUUGAUUGUAAAAACUAAACAAGAUAGAUUAAUAUGAAAAUAACACAUUAACAAGUGGCCCCUGCCUUUUCUCUAAGGUCAUCAUAUUGUAAAGUCUGCAGAAAGCUAAUACAUAAUGAAAAGCCUCCUGGCAAUCUAAGUAGCAAGUGUCGUGGUUUGUGAUUACAGUGAAGGCAACAAGAUACCUUAAGAUCCUUCCAUGCAACAUACAGAAGAACGGUUCUCAAACUGCAAAGGAGACCAAUAUGGGGAUCCAAGAAAACCUAAUUUAAUCGACCUUAAUAAAUAACCUUUUUGUAGUCACAAGGGGCUGGGCACUUUGCCAAACCAACCUCUGGCAGCAAAAUGGUUAAUUGAAGUUUAGUCUUGAGGGGGGAGAGGGAAGGGGGGAGAAAGUGCAGCAUCUGAUUAUAUAUUCAUAUUUUCAUGUGUGAUACUUAUAUAUUUUAUUUUUUUUUCUCUGCGCUGACUUUUCGUCACCAGUGGCAGCUCACCAUCGAACGGCCCGAGAGGAACAUGGAGAAAAAAAUAAAGAGUACCGCAGUCGUAGUCCUAUGAGACAGCAACGUGAACGAUUAGACGGAGAUGGGAGAAAGCUAGGUUAGUAGCGGGAGAUUCUAAUCUGUCUUUUUGAUCACCUAUCACGGUUAUUAAAGGAGCACUAUAGGGUCAGGAACACAAACAUGUAUUCCUGACCCUAUAGGGUUAAAACCACAAUCUAGCCACCCUGAGCCCCUCAUGCCUCCCUAAAUAUAGAAAUUUUACUUGUAUUCAAGCCUGGAGCUGCUUACUGUGUCACUGUUUCCUUUAGACCUGCCUGCUGACAGCAGCAGAAGUGGUAGCCUGAUCCAAUCACAAUGCUUCCCCAUAGGAUUGGCUGAGACUGACAGGGGCGGAGCCAGCACAAUUCAAACACAGCCCUGGUCAAUCAGCAUCUCCUCAUAGAGAUGAAUUGAAUCAAUGAAUCUCUAUGAGGAAAGUUCAGUGUCUGCAUGCAGAGGGAGGAGACACUGAAUGUUUGGAUGCAUUUUAGGCAGCCAUGACCCAGGAAGGAUCUCUAACAGCCAUCUGAGGAGUGGCCAGUGAAGUUAUCACUAGGCUUUAAUGUAAACACUGCAUUUUCUCUGAAAAGACAGUUUACAGCAAAAAGCCUGAAGGUAAUGAUUCUACUCACCAGAACAAAUUCAAAUAAGCUGCAGUUCUUCUGGUGACUAUAGUGUCCCUUUAACUUAAAUUUAAGGCCAGAGUAGCAUAGUUGAAAGCAUAUGUGAUUUAGAGGAUUUUUCCAGUUUGGCUACCUUGAAUUUGAAAUUCAUUUAGAAUUCUCAUUUUAUUAAAUAACCCUGUAAAUGUUUUAGUUUUUUUUUUUUGGAGGGGGGUUGGGGGAGUGGUACUUUUUUUAUCAUCUUCUCAAAAUCCUUUACCAUGCCUUCAGAAUGACUGACAAACCUCAGCUUAACUGUUUGAAAACCAUUCGUUUUGUACAAAUGGUCCUGUUGCAUUUUCGAAAACCAAUCCUUCCCUCAAGAAAGUAUUUCCUUAUUUUUAAAUGUGGAUGGUGUCUGCUCCCUGUGACCUUUCUACUGACAUAACCAUGUAACCCGUGUAGUGUUCCAUUUCGGGCCUAUCUUCCUAAUUUCAUAUAUUAAUAUUUCAUGGUUUCUUUACUCAGGGAAAGAGGAGCGACCUGAUCAGAGGGACCCCUUGUCGGACUUGCAAGACAUCAGUGACAGUGAACGGAAAACCAGCUCGGCGGAAUCAUCCACAGGUAUCUUGCGUUCUAACCUACCCUGUUAUUAUUUCAUUUGUUACUUGGGGCACAUUCAUCAAAUAUUUAGUAUUUUGAGAAGAAACUGGGGAUAUCUACCUUCAUAUGGUGUGUCUUCUUUCUUUAAGGUUUUUUUGUAAACGUGUAAGUUUUCUGACACCCAGCAGUGACCAAUGAUGACAGUCUUUUCAAAGACAUGUAUUCACAAAUCUGUCUGCUGAAAUGUGAAGUAGAUUGAUAUUUAGAUUAUUGACAAUUUUCAUUACUCCAUGUGUCUAAAUCUCAGUUUUAUUCUACAGAUCAAUGACAGUGAAUGUAUUUUAGCAUGCAUAUCUGAUUAAAUAUAAUCGAAAAAAAAUAAAAUAAUGCCCAUUAAUGCUCUUCUCCCCACCCCUCCCGAUAAAUGCCUGCUUUCUUAAUGAGGUUAAUCAUACCAUUCUAUCUCCUUGUGUUUAUUAAUUGUCCCUGAUGUUUUCUGUAUUUUUGACUUGUGACGAGUGCACUGAUAAUCACCACCUGUCAAGUUUACCAUAUGCUAAAAUAUUCUAAAUUGAUAGGAUAGUGGGCAGACUCAGUGUGGGAGCUAGGUCCCACAUCUAGCCUUGUAACUUACAUAAAAAUGAUCAAAGGUAAACUAAAGGCACUUUUAUGUUUUGGUGGGCUAGACUAACAGAACAUAUUUUGGGGGAUAUUACUGCAGAAGAAUAAAUCAGGUUUACGAAAUUCGCAGCAAAAAUUUAAUGUCCUUCAAAAGAGAAUUUGAAUUGCAAUUUGCUUGUAAUAAAAUGACUUAAUUGAAAGUGUCAAAAGUUCCAUUGGUACAUACUUUGGUGUGUCUGUAUUGUUUAGAAAAUAUAUUAUUUUGUUAAGAAAUAUUUAAGUUCAUUGAAAAGUGUUGAACAUAAAUAUCCAACAUAACAAAAUUUUAAAAUUUACAGUUUUUUAAGAGUACAUUAAAGGGACACUCUAGUAACCAGAACUACUACUACAGCUUAAAGGACCACUAUAGGCACCCAGACCACUUUAGCUUAAUGAAGUGGUCUGGGUGCCAGGUCCAUCUAGGAUUAACCCUUUUUUUUUUUUUUAUAAACAUAGCAGUUUCAGAGAAACUGCUAUGUUUAUAAUAUGGUUAAUCCAGCCUCUAGUGGCUGUAUCUUGACAGCCGCUAGAGGCGCUUGCGUGCUUCUCACUGUGAAAAUUAUAAAUGCUUUCCUAUGAACUGGCUGCGCGCAUUCUCCUGCCGCGCAUUCAGCCGAUGACGUUGCUAUGGAGGAGGAGAGCUCCCUGCUCGGCGUUGGGGGAAAGAUAAGAUUUUAACCCCUUCCUCUCCCCAGAGCCUGGUGGGUGGGGGCACCCUCAGGGCACUAUAGUGCCAGGAAAACGAGUAUGUUUUCCUGGCACUAUAGUGGUCCUUUAAUAUAGUGGCUCUGGUGUUUAUAGCCUGUCCCUGCAGGCUUUUCAGAGAAAAUGCAGCGUUUAUAUUGUAACCGCCUAGGACUAACUUCCACUAGAGGUGCUUCGUGUGUCAGUGUCUGCACGGAGUCCCUGAACAUUCCUCGUAGAGACACACUGAUUCAACGCAUCUGCAUGUGGAGAUGCUGAUUUCGGGGGCGUUUAGCUGCACAUGUGCAUUAGCCUCCCAGUACUUUCCAAAGAGAAAGCAUUGGAUUGGCUGAUAUCAUCAAGACAGGUUAAAUUUUUUUAUAUAUAUAUAUAUAUAUAUAUAUAUAUAUAUAUAUAUAUAUAUAUAUAUAUAUAUAUAUAUAUAUAUAUAUAUAUAUAUAUAUAUAUUUUUAUCUACAUCUUCUUUCUUAUGCUUUCCACACCCACUCUAGGGGGACAAUGAUCUAACCAGUCAGUGUCUUAUCCCUAGGAAUUCUAGAUAAGUGCAUUGGGCAUGCCUUACAGAUUUACACAUGUGCAGUUGGCAUAUCUAUUCACCCUGCAGUAUCUGACAAAGGGAGAAGAGAGGGAGUCUGAUCAGUGUGAUUCAUACAGAGCAAGCUCCUGUGUCGGAUAUCUCUCCCCCUAAGAAACUCCCUUAGAUAAGAGAUGUUCCCAUCAGCAUAUCCCUUUAAAUUAUGACGGCAUGUUUCUUCUUUGUUAUUUAACAUGUAAUAUAAACAAACAUUUAUAAAGACAGAGAAAACAGGAUAGAAUUAGUAUAAAAAGGUAUAGGUGAAAAUGGAGAGUCCGUCCGCACCUAGAGUAGAUUCCACUAUAACAUUCUCUGUAGGUAGAUGAGGGGUUCACUCCUCUAUCUCUGUGGGUAAGUGCUCUCUGUUUUGCAUUUAAUGUGGAUAAGAUCCACUAUUUAAUGGAUUUAGUGCUGCAGUUUUAGUUGCAGGUGAAAAACUUCUUUCUAUAGGUGUCUGACUUGUGGGCAGUCUGAUACAUGUUUUCGUACUUGCCUUAUAAAUCACAUGAGUAAUGGCCCUGGUCUGCAUUUGGAGGUUAGACCUGCUGUUGUCAUAGGGGAGCUAUAUGCCAUGUUGCAAGAACCUUGAAAGUGCCCUAUUUAAUUAGAACAUAGAUUGAUAUUUUAUGUACAUUAAGAUUUAUUAAAAAUGAUCAAGUCUUCCUUGGUGAAGUUAAGAUUUAACAUCUGGAGCCUGUUUGAUCAUGUAUUUAGACAUAGACGUUUAGCACUUUUGCAGGAUGUGAUUGCAGAGGGUAUAAAUGCUCUCUCUUUUUGGAAACAUGGUUGGACAUGGCUUCAAAUAUUAUUAGCUGUUAAAUGCAAAAGUUUUUUGCAAAAUGUCCAUAAUGUUUAACUUGUGUAUGUAUCUGAAGAUUUCCUGAUAAGAGAUGUUGCAUAUCAUUUGGAGUUGGACAGAUAACAUACAGCCAUGCUGGUUCUGCUGUUAAGUUUCUUAUAAAGCCAUGUUAUGAAAGGAAUGCCAGAACAUCCAGUUGCAAGUUGUAAAUUGAAGAAAAACGUGGUUAGGCUGGAGUUAGCCUAGUUCUGCGUAUGCGCCAUAAAUAAAGAUCUUAAGUGGGGAAGGGUUCAUGGUUGGCAUUCAGUACUUGCUGCUUUGUGCGAGCUGCAGUGGGAUGUGCACAGACUAUGGAACCGAGCUGUGAGUCAGGAGAAGUGAGAGGCUAUUGGACUAAAAUUGGUAAGUGCUGAAGCAUAGUAUAUUUUAAAUAGUGGGGGUAGAUUAAUAAAUACAAACUCUGAGGGGGGGGAGGGAAAUGGUUUUUGUUUAUCUUAUGCUCCAGAUAGAAUUUUAGGUUUUCCUGUAUAAAAGUUGUAAAAAAACUUCAAUGUAAUUUUUCAUAAAUGCGUUGUAAUCCCAGCAGGCACUGCGUCUGGUUCAGAGGAGGAGGAAGAGGAAACCAGCACUGAAGAAUCUGAGGAGGAAGAAGAGGAAGAGGAGGAUGAUGAAGAGGAGGAGGGUGAAGAAACGGGAAGCAAUUCUGAUGCUGUGUCUGAGCAGACGGCAGGUGAGCUUGAUAGUUGGAACAUACAUGACAGAGGUGGUUAUUGUCUUGCAUAGUGAGGCUUAGUGCACCUGUCACAUCAAAGUGGCAAGGUUGGGUUCUGUAUAAUAGUGUUUGUUCCAGGUAUAAUUUUCUAUUGCUAUAAAGUUUUAGCUUGUGUAUCUGUCUGUCAUCAGUAUCUGCUUUGUCGAUUUAAAGCCCUUUUAAAUAAUACUCCAUUAUUUAACAGUUAAAAAUAUUUUUGCAGAGGAAGUUAGUGAAGAUGAGAUGACUGAUGAGGAUGAACGAGAGAUUGGAAAUCACCUUCCAAUUGGUAAGAAUCAUGACACUCUAACCAAUCUGAUGAUCAUUGCAUGAUAUAGUGUUUAUGGGGGUCAGCGACAAAUUUGCUCAUUAUGCCCGUCGAUUGGCAAACAUAUUUUAUCGUCCGGUGCCACUAUUUUAUAAUCCUUAGGCCUGCAUGUGUCCUAUACAGAGACAAAAAAGUUUUUCUUUAUUUAAAACAAUAGUUUAAGGGCAGCCAUCUUUGUAAACAUAAGAUGAGCAGUAUAAUCUUCAUAAUUGUAAAAUGUAUGUCUAUAAAAAUAUAUGGGAUGAGUAUCCCAACGUGAAAUAAAGCUUCUGUAAAUAUAUUCUGUAUAAAUAGUCAACUGCAACAUUAAGUACCUUCUAGCUAAUUUUUGAAGUUCCAGAAUCUAGAUUUGACCAUGAUUCAGCUGACACUGAAGAAGAUGAGGAUGAAGAAGAUGAAAAAAGAGAUGAUAGUCCUCAUUCUAAUGCUCAGACAGAUGGAGAAUAUGUCCCAGAUUCUCCGGCCAUAUCUCCUGUUGAGUUGAAGCAAGAGCUCCCCAAAUACCUUCCUGCCCUGCAGGUAUGUUACAAAUUAGAUGGCUCUGUCCCCUUGUAUACCUCUCUCCAGCAGAAUACUUCUUCAAAUGCUUCUCAGUGUUGGCACUGAUAAAUUUCAUCUUAAUUUCACAAAAGCAUCUGCUCCACUUUAAUUUAAUUACUUAAACUACUAUGAAACAAUUUAGACUUGUAUUACUGUUCAAGACCACUGGACAACAUGCUAUUUGCCUCUAAUAAUUGUUCUAAGCAGGAUUUAAAAAAUAAAAUCCUUUGUCAAAAACCAAUAGUUAUCUGAAGAAAUGAAAAAGUGAAACAUUAGGGUCUUUCCUCUUAGGUUUUUCAUUUUUACACCUUGUUUUAUGUCAGUACUCUGUGGCUUUUGUUUGACAGGGCUGCCGUAGUGUGGAGGAAUUUCAGUGCUUGAAUCGCAUUGAGGAAGGUACAUAUGGUGUUGUGUACAGAGCAAAAGACAGAAAAACUGGUAAGUACUCAUCUGGAUUUCUUUAGAUAAAUUGUCAUAGAAUGAAUAGCCGGGCUUUAAGUAAUGUCUAGAGUAUGCAAAAUUAGAGAACCUUUAGAGCAACAACCUUUUUUUUUUUGGUCUUGUUUCUCACUGGGUACCCCGUCCUCACAUCAGCAUGGAUGACGCAUUCUGUGCUGGGAGAAUUCAGUAGCCUUUUCACUCAGAAACUCCUGUCCAUGUCUCCUGUUUGUUGGGUUGAGACACUGGACCAGUGGCAUCAGGAACCACCCAGAAUAUUACGUAUUUUAGCUGUUUAUAUGAGAAUUGCCUCAUUCCUGUGCCCAGAAAUCUUUAAUAAAAAUAUAUAUAGGUCUUCUCGUGUAAAGGGAAGAAAUUAUAAUUUGUUUCAAUUUCCAGUUUGAAAAAGGGCUUUUGCUCUCCAUCAAUUUAGAGUGUCCAAAUUCUUCCAAAUGUAUAGCUGGUUGUGUCUUAUCUAUUUAAAUAAAUGUAUGAAGUAUACAAUAUGCAUAUUUAUAUCUGUACUUGGUGCAUUGAAAGUUGAUUGACUCACGUCUUUCAUGCAGUAAUUGAACUUGUUGCUGUAAUGUACUUUGUGUAGAUGAAAUAGUGGCUUUGAAGCGACUCAAGAUGGAGAAGGAAAAGGAAGGGUUCCCUAUAACCUCACUCCGUGAAAUCAACACCAUUCUAAAAGCUCAGCAUCCAAAUAUUGUUACUGUGAGGGUAAGUCAUUACAUGUAACUAAUUUUGGACAGAUAAGCAAAGUGCAUUAAAAUCCGUCCUCUGAAUCAAACACUGCACGUGAGUAACGGCAAUGGAUUGUUGUUCCAAAAAGAAGGGGAUUUCUGGCUGACGUUGGAUAUUUAAUGCUGGUAACAUGAUGACUGUAUAGAACAGUGAUGGCCAACAUUAGCAUUAGAUAGGUUUCUGACUUCAUUACCCAUGAUGCUUAGCCAGGGAAUAUAUCCACAACUGUCUGCAGUGAUUAGCCAACACUUAAAGCAACAGUGGGUGGGGGUACAAAGUAGAAUUUGAAAUGUUAAAAAUAUUCACGUCUAACUGUUUAAGAUUGGUACCUUUAUGUGUUAUAUAGAUUUCUUUGACUAUCUUAAACAUUUAAUUUACGCAUCAAAGUGGAAGUCAGUUUGGACAUAAACUACCUUUUUUCUAUUUAUAAAGCCAUUUAUCCAGCUCUCCCUCCCACCCUUUCCUGUUUGUAUGCUUUUGCUUCCCAAACUUAAUACGAUCCAUAAAAUUAUGCGUCUGAGAGCGAAAUUGCUAGCUUUCGUUCUAAUUAUCUCUAGUCUGUGGUGAUGGUUACUGGACCGUAUACAUACACUGUAUUUUUAUUUGGCUUAGAUGGGGAAUCUGCACAAAUACAUGGAUAAUAUAUAGCACGCCUUUAACCAAACUUGGCUUUCAGGAAAUGUGUGCAGAUAUUGCUAUAAGACGUGAAGUGUAAUCACAAAAACGUAAUGGUUUGUGUAAUGCUUAUGCCGUUUUUUAUAUUUAUUUUAGGAAAUUGUUGUUGGUAGUAAUAUGGACAAAAUCUACAUUGUCAUGAACUAUGUGGAACAUGAUCUCAAGAGCCUAAUGGAAACCAUGAAGCAACCAUUUCUACCAGGUGAAUGAUCUGUGUUUAUAAAUGAAUUCUUCCCGAUGUCUCUGUCAUAGCCAGGCUUUCAGGGGCUGUCAUAAAAGCAUUAUUCUAUAUCAUUGCUUACUUACAUGUUAUCUUUCCAUAAUAAGCACAGACAUGCCCACUCUUGCAAUCAUAUGAGGAAGAGUAAAUAUAAAAAAAAGUACAAAUGGCAGUUUAGUGAAGUACUGCAAAUUACAUAAUGUGUGAAUCUAAUACAACAUUCUUCUACACCACUUUAAUUGUUCAUUUUGGGUCUUUUUUAUUUAUUUAAAUCAAAGCAUUUUGGACCAACUCUUAUAAAUCAUUCUCUAGACAACUGCUGAUCUUGAAUUCAAGGUACCCUUCUGAGUCUCACUCCAACUUCAAAGGAUCCCAUAAUGUGGGAAUUCCUCAAUGAAAACCCCAAAAGUUCUCCCCUUGGUACCAGUACCAAUGAGCUUACAGUUGUCCUGUGGUACAUGAGACUUUGUUCAGGUCCUAGACACAGUAUAGAAAUAUGCAGUGAAAGCUAUCCUGUUUAAAAAUAAAAUGUCUGUUUCAUUUACCGGUAUUUUGCAUCUCCGGAAUUACUGUUUUGUAGUUUGUCAAGCCAUUCUUCCUACUUUGUUGUUUUUUUUUGUUUUUGUUUUAAUGUGUGCUCUUCCUUGGUAGACUGAUUAGGCAUUGUUUAAUGACCUACUAUAUAUAUAUAUAUAUAUAUUAUUUAUUUUGCUUUGAUAUCAUUUCCCAACAGGGGAGGUGAAAACGCUUAUGAUUCAGCUGUUAAGAGGCGUUCGACAUCUCCACGACAACUGGAUUCUUCACAGAGACCUAAAAACCUCAAACUUGCUGCUUAGCCAUGCUGGCAUCUUAAAAGUAAGGAUUAUUUUUAAACAAAAUUAUAUUUAAAUUUGUAGCUACAAUGCCCUGAGUGGAAGAGGUGGAUUUUGGGGUAGUCUGACAACUGCAAAGCCCAGCUGGGGUACGACUUCAGAUGAGAGCACACAUUGCUUCCAUGAGUUAUUGGGAUUAGUAUCCUAUAACGAAAAAUGCUGCAUGUGUGUGGCAGUUGCAUAACAUACAUGCAAGAGGCUGCUAGCAUUGAUUUUCUUCUUGUGAGUAAAAGACUUUUGUCAUUGGUCUGCCAAAAGACUCCUUUAGUGUUUAGAACUCCGGCAUAGUCUACUUGAUACUUUACUAAUGUCACUUGUUUCCAGGUUGGAGAUUUUGGCUUGGCUCGGGAGUAUGGGUCACCAUUGAAGUCCUACACACCCAUAGUAGUCACUCUCUGGUAUCGUGCUCCAGAACUGUUACUUGGUGCAAAGGUAGGUACUUUACGGUGUCUGAGAUUAUUAGCACAUUUUGGCUAGUCUUCGUGUAAGUGUGACGUGUUUGUUAUUUACACACUGCAUUGUUUUUUUCUGUUUGCAGGAAUAUUCUACCGCCAUAGACAUGUGGUCUGUUGGUUGUAUAUUUGGAGAACUGCUGACCCAAAAACCAUUAUUCCCAGGGAAGUCUGAUAUCGAUCAGAUUAAUAAAAUAUUUAAGGUAAAAGUGUUGCUCAUAAUGGCUAUGAUGCUGACAUGUCAAGUAUAAAGCGGUGUUUCUGUCUGUUUUAUUAGGAAUCUUGAAAUAUGGCUGCCUUGGUAUUGGUUACAUAUAAGAAGUCAAUGACAUUUUCUAGAGAAUGUUGCAUCCCAUUGUACAGCGCUACGGAAUCUGAUGGUGCUAUAUAAAUAAGAAAUAAUAAUUUUAGCUCUGUUGCUUUUUUUCGUAUUCCGCAGGAUAUAGAACUUUAAAUAUAAUACUGACUUAUAGACUAUGUAUACCAUAAACCUUUUUCUAUACAAGGGUUUACAGUAAGUACCCAGUGUUCCCAUUGUAAAUAAUGGAAGAACCAGGAUUGGUAGAUAGAUCUAACACUUCCUGGUCUUUGGAGAAAUCCCUGCAGAAGCGACAGUUUUAGAUAUUUGCAAUGAGCAACGGACACUGUUGGGAGGGCUGGGGUGAUUAUUUAUGGAUUAUAUCCGCGAUGCAUAGACAGCUAUUUGCCUUACUCUAGAAUGUUAUGUUUCUGAUUUGUAUUUAUUUUUUUAUUACUAAAAUGAUAAUUAAGAAGUCUAGUUGAAAUUAACAUUACCAAUGCUUUUUUUAAAUUUUUUUACAUUUUAUAGGAUCUUGGCACACCAAGUGAGAAGAUCUGGCCCGGGUACAAUGAACUUCCUGCGGUGAAGAAAAUCACUUUCACAGAAUAUCCGUACAACAAUCUCCGAAAGAGAUUUGGAGCUCUUCUCUCAGACCAGGGCUUCGAUCUGAUGAACAAGUAUGUAAAUAAUCAAAAAUUAAGUUAGUCUAGCUAUGCUAGUGAUAAUGGAGAUUUUUUUUUUUUAGGUUAUGAUUUGAGAUAUUCCAGGUAAAAAUAUGGUAGGUUGGUUCAUCCAUGGGAGGGAGGGAGGCGGGGGUGGAGUUGAGUAGUUCAUAUAUGGAUAAUCCCAGUCUACAAUAUAGCUAAACAGCACUUCCCCACUCUAAUACAUGCGGUACAUCCUAGUACUUUUUAGGAAACUACCUUCACCAGAGUUUCUACAUAAUACUACAUUACCGUACAAGUUUAACUUCUGGAGCCAGAGAUUUUCUUUUUGUGAUGGUUUCUGAUUUCAUCCAUUUUCUCUACCUUCUCUUCCAGGUUUUUAACCUAUUGUCCAGCCAAAAGAAUCAACUCAGAAGAUGGUUUAAAGCAUGAAUAUUUCAGAGAGCCUCCACUACCCAUUGACCCAUCUAUGUUUCCAACUUGGCCUGCUAAGAGUGAGCAACAGAGGGUUAAACGUGGAACCAGUCCUCGUCCGCCAGAGGGAGGAUUAGGGUACAGUCAGCUGGUGAGUAUGGCUCUAUGGUUUCAAACUUGGACUAGACUUCAAUAGACCACUAUACAUUAACAAACAUUGCAUUGCACUGCUUGUCCCUCCGACACAAGGAAGAGUUAAUAUAUCUUGGGUGAAAAAAUACUGGAUUUUUUGUGAAAGACGAAAAGUCAGUCACCAGGAAAAUGCAGACAUGAAAUGCUACACUCGACUGAGACGGGAAUAACAACACUUCUAAUCGCCUUCCUUACUGUUUAACUAUAGUAUUCUCCCAGUGUUGUAAUGAGCAUUUUAAUUUGUACAUUGAAAAUUGGUGCGCCGCAAAUGAAAAACAGAUGUUUUAAUCCAGACUUUAAUUUUCAACAGGAAAGAUACUAAUUAUUAUAUUGGCAUGAACGUAGCAGUUAAGUGCACGUUAUGCAUGUUUCAGUGCUUAUUCUUUUGGCAUUGGAUUUAUGUAACAAGACAGAAAUGGGCACAAAAAAAAAAUGAAAGGUGCUUAAUGACGUUUAUGUGUAAUGGAUGCUUUAAGGAAUAACUAAAAUGUAAUUUUGUUCGUGAACAGGGUUGUCAUUGGGUGACUGUUGCUUUUACAGGGUUUUUUUUGUUGGGUUUUUUUUGGGGCGUUCUUUAUGGUUUGAAGUGAUAAACAGGCUUGAGGGAAUAAAACAUAAAAAUACAGAUGGUCAGUACUAGUUGGGGUAUAGUAAGAGCUAGAAUGUAGUCCAUCCCUAUUAACUAAAAGCUUAAUACAGUAUAACAUGAGACAAGAAAUGUACAUGAGAUCAGGACCCAAAGACAGAGAAAAUGACGAACGAUGUGUUCCAAGCAAGUAUGAUUAUAGCUCAACAUAGAACAUCAAUGCUGGCAGACAGAGGUUCUGUGGUCCUUUUCCCGAGAUUGCCUAUAGAUGAGAGGCAGCAGGUACGUGGCAGCAAGAGUCCAUCUAGCCUUGUGUGGGGGCACAGGAUUUUUAAAAGUAGGUUUACUUUUAUCCCCUGAAUUUAACAAAUAAAUGUUUGUUAGAUCUGAAAAUUAAAACGAAAUGUAGAAAUUGACACUCUUGUAUUUAGUUCUAUCCUUGAACUGUUACAAUCUCUGCCUUUUUCUGUCAUUGAACAUAAAACGUGGAGGAGAAAAAGCAGAAACAAUAUUUCUGUUUCCCCUCGCCCAAUGCAAUGUGUUCUGUGCCUGGGCUGAGCUGGAUUUUGGUGUCUGUUUCUUAAAUAGGUUAAGUACACAGAAAAUAGAGCAUCACAUUGAAAAACAACAUUAACACAUAUGACUUUCUAUAACCGGUCCCUAUAAGUUUGUCCACAUUUUUCUGUAAAUGCUGUACACUACUGCAGUCUGCAUGGCACAGAGCAGAUUGCUGUAAAAAAAAUAUACUUUUUUGACUUUAACCAUAAAAGGCAACAACAGUCACGGUGUGGGAGGAGGUCCUUGUUGCAGUCUAAGCAUGGUUCUUAAAAUAUUACUGCUAAUUCCUGUGUUUUUGUUUGCAUUUGUCACUCAUUGAUUAUUACUCCUCUGUUCUGCAUUCCCAAGGCCUAUGUCUAAUUAACUUUUUAUAUAGAUAUAUUGAUCCACGGAGAGCGAGAGUAGGGCAUAUAUACUCCCGGCCACACGUUUACUGUCCCAUCAGCUGAGUCAUCAUUUAUUUAAUGUAAUCGCAGGAUUUCUUAUGCAAUGGACCCCUUAUGCUGACAGUAGUGGCAAGUGUAGCAAAUAGUUUUUAUUUUGUAAAUCUUUAUUUUGGUGUGCUUAGAUAGCAUAACGUCAAGCAAUGCCACAACUGCAAAAACAGGAACAUAAUGAGACAUAUUGCAGAAUGCUUUAAAUAAUUAUCAAGUGAAGGGAACAGCACAAUUUUAUACUGUAGAGGUCAUAAUAGUGUUAAGUUUACAUGCCUAAGAUCAAAUAAUGAGAGGUCAGCAAAAUGUUUUUAUGUGAAAACUAAUCAUUAGCUAAAAACAGUGUGUGAAAUUUCAAGAUAUAUAUCGCACAAGAGAAAUGUUCGAUUCCCUUAUUGUUUGAAAAUAUAGCUAUAGCAUGCUACAGCCUAUAAUCAAUAAAACUGUGUCCUAAAUCAGUUAAUUGGUGGAAAAAAACCUCCUGAAUGAAGAUAAGAUGUGAUUUCUGUUUGUUUGCAGGGAGAUGAUGAUUUGAAAGAUACCGGCUUUCACCUGACAACCACCAACCAAGGAGCAUCUGCUGCUGGUCCUGGGUUCAGUCUAAAGUUUUAAACUUGAUCUUUUGAAAUGACUUGCUUCCCAUUAAAUCAUUCAAAUAACGUACAAACCAUACUUGGUGUUCGGAGACAUAUUUCAUUCCAAAUGAGGACAUCGUGAUGUGAGCAAGGACUACAACAAAUAUUCUCAAGUCUUUGACUUAAUUUAUUUUUCUCUGUUGUAUAUUUGUAGAGAUGAAAUGCAUUUCAAAUUGUUUAUCCUGGUUCUGUAAACUGUUGGGUUGAUGAAAUCUACCAUAUUUUGUAUGGUUUUUAUGUUUAUAUAUGUUCGCUACCACACUUUUCUAUUUUAAGGUCUUGGGAUGUUCAGUCCCUGCUUCGUGUGGAGUUACAGAUGACUUUUGUUACCUGGAUGAAAUUAGUUUUUUUGAGGUUUUGCAGAAUUUGAGAAUGAAGUGAUCUUUGAACCAUAUCUGGUCAUGACAAAACGUGACCUGAAUGUUGGAUUGUUACUGUAUCCAUAUUGACCUAUCAACACUUCUUUUGAACAUCCUGCUGUAACACUUUGACCUCUCCGCAGACCAACGUUCCAGUAAAGCCAAAGAGCAUGUCACUGGAACCAUUAAACAAGGGAAGCUUUAAAAAAAAAAAAAAAUCUUAUGUCUGUACACCCACACAUGUAUGUGUUUUACAGGCUUAUUUUUCUUAAACUUAUUUUUGUAUUAAAGAAGUCCCUCACCUUUGGAAAAGUGCAGUUUUCAUUAUUUUGGGUUUCAGGAGUUUGCUGAUUUCUUCCCCCCACUCCUUUUAUUUCCUGUAAUGUAAUACCAUGUUAAAGACAUCUGAGAUAUAUAUAUAUUUGCUACCUCUAACGCAGGUAUAUCCAUCCUUUGUCUUCCAGCUGUUAAUGGACUAAAAGUCACAUAAUUAGCAAGUUGGGGCUCAGUAACUGCUCAAGGGGAGCCGUGGGCAUGCCUGCUCUAAAGUCUAACAGGGCUUUUAAAAGUAAAAAAAAAUAAAAAUUCAUAUCACAAGAGAUAUAUUUCUCACAUACGAUAUAUCUGCACAUGUUUUUUGUUCUACCAAAUUUAUGAACAGGUGAACAAAAAAGGGUUGUAGACUGUUUUUUGUUUUUAUUUUAUUGGCAAAAUAUGAAUAUGCAAUUGUAAAUAAAAUAGCGUUUUAUAAUUA